ACCUGAAUAAUGCUCAACUUACAUCUGCGCAGGCUCUCCGACGCCUUCCUGAUAAGGGUCCAGAGUCUCCUUCACAUUUGAAGAACAGUUUCCUGGCUGAGGAACCUUAUUCAAGGACACACACUCCAGUGGGCCUCAUGGAAGAGUAGGGUCUCCUCCAUCCAUUGUGAUCAAACACCCAUUCCCAGAGCAGAAAUGUCUGGCAGAGACAAGAAGCCAUUGGACUAUAGUUUGCAACAACAGAAGAGAGUCUUGAAGCAAUAAGAGCACAGACUUCUUAAAGAAUCAAUACCUGAGGGCUGUCACCAUGGAAGAAUCUCAGUCCAAGGAGGAAAGUAACACAGAGGGUGCUCAGCAUGCAGUUGAAGAGGGCACGGGGGACUUGUGCCCCAACUUCCAAACAGAGAUAGAUUUAGAGACGUUCCUGAAGAAACAAAUGGAGAUGUUGCAGGAGGAACCACAGAGGAAAUUCCGUAUAGGUAAAACAAAAAAUGCUAAUGUAUACACUUCUGCUCAAACAUACUCUCUUUUAUUUAAAACCCUUUCAGAAAUGCAUAUGAAUCAAAAAGGGGAGAAUAUUCACUCCACUCAGCCAUUGAAAAGGGAGAAUGAGUUCCGAAAUUUUACAAACCUACUACUCUUCCGAAAAUUUUGCCCAAGAGAUUCAGAGAAAUUGGUCAGGGAAAGCUGGCAUCCAUGUGUACCAGAAGAAGGAGGACAUGUGAUUGAGAUCCAAGACUUAUUUGACCCAAGCUUAGACACCCAGAAAAAGCCUCAAUUAGUCAUAUUAGAGGGGGCUGCUGGGAUUGGGAAGUCAACACUGGCCAGGCAGGUGAGGAGAGCCUGGGAAGAAGGCCAGCUCUACAGGGAUCGCUUCCAGCAUGUCUUCUUCUUCAGCUGCAGAGAGCUGGCCCAGUGCAAGCAGCUGAGUCUGGCUGAGCUCAUAGUCCAAGGCCAGGUGCGCCCCAGCUCCCAUCAGUCAGAUCUGUCUCACCCUGAGGAGAAGCUUCUCUUCAUCCUGGAUGGCAUAGACGAGCCAGCAUGGGUCUUGGAGGACCAGAAUCCUGAGCUUUGUGUGCACUGGAGUCAAGCACAACCUGUGCACACACUGCUGGGGAGUUUGCUGGGGAAAUCCAUCCUUCCUGAGGCUUCCUUAAUGCUCACAGCUCGGACCACAGCUCUACAAAAAAUCAUUCCUUCUCUGGGGCAGCCAAAUCAAGUUGAAGUCCUAGGAUUCACUGAGGUUGAACGGGAGAACUAUUUCUACAGAUAUUUUGCAAAGCAAGGUGUUGCAACGACCGCUCUUAUGAAGCUUGAAUCUAACCCAGUGCUCCUGACCCUGUGUGAGGUCCCCUGGGUGUGCUGGUUGCUCUGCACUUGCCUGGAAAAGCAGAUGCAGCAGGGUGAAGAAUUCUCACUGACCUCACAGACCACCACAGCCCUCUGCCUGAAAUACCUUUCCCUGACAAUCCAAGGUCAGCACCUGAAGACCCAGCUUAGGACCCUCUGUUCACUGGCUGCUGAGGGGAUCUGCCAAAGAAGGACCCUGUUCAGUAAAAGUGACCUCUGUAAGCAAGGGUUAGCAAGGAAUGCCAUUGACACUUUCCUGGAGAUUGGUGUCCUUCAAAAGCAGCCCAGCUCUCUGAGGUACAGCUUUGCCCACUUGUGUCUCCAGGAGUUCUUUGCAGCGAUGUCCUACAUCUUGGAGGAUAGUGAGGAAAGACAUGGGGAUAUGGAAAACAACAGAAUUGUGGAAACACUGUUAGAACGGUAUGGAAGACAAAACCUGUUUGAGGCACCCACUGUGCACUUUCUAUUUGGUCUUUUGAAUGAAGAGGGAUUGAAAGAAAUGGAAAAGUUCUUUUCCUGCAACCUUCCUAGGAAGACAAAGUUGGAAUUACUAGGGCCCAUCCUUGCAAAAUUCCAAUCCCAUCAACCGCAUUCUCUGGGUUUUCUACGCUGUCUGUAUGAAAAUCAGGAAACGCAGCUCCUAUCACACGUGAUGCAUGAUCUUCAAGGAAUAAUAGUGCCUGAUACAAAUGAUAGGGCACACUCAGUGAUCCAGACAAAUGUGAAGCACUUGGUGAUACAGACAGACAUGGAGCUUAUGGUGGUCACUUUCUGUAUUCAGUUCUGCUAUCAUGUGAGGAGCCUUCAGGUGAAUAUGGAAAGACAGCAAGGAUAUGAGUUGACAGCCCCAAGGAUGGUUCUGCACAGGUGGACCCCAAUCACUGAUGCCAGUUGGAAGAUUUUAUUCUCCAAUCUUAAAUUCACCAGAAACCUGGAGGAGCUGGACCUAAGUGGAAAUCCACUGAGCUACUCUGCAGUACGCAGUCUCUGUAAGGCCCUGAAACAGCCUGACUGCCGACUAAAGACCUUGUGCAUACUUCCUAAGGACUUGGGUAAAGCAGAAGUGAAGAAUACAGAGGCAAAGGGAAGCUUACGGGAGAAAGAUCCAGGUCCGAGGAAUGGCAUCUUCCCGUUUUCUCCUGUCCUCUACACUCAUAAUCAGACGUCUACUUUUGAGCAUCUCCCAUGCAGGCUUGUUGAAUGUGGCCUCACAUCCACCUACUGCUUGACCCUGGCCUCAGUGCUCUGUGCCCCCUCCAGACUCUCUGAGCUAGACCUGCAGAUGAAUGACCUGGGUGACAAUGGUGUGAGGCAGCUGUGUAAGGGACUCAGGAGUCCUGCCUGCAACCUCAGCAUCCUGCGGUUGGACCAGGCCUCUCUCAGUGACCAGGUGAUUAAGGAGCUCAGGGACUUGGAGGCAAAGGAUCCAAAGCUACGAAUCUCCAGCACAUGGAUGCCACACAUGACGGUCCCCACUGAGAACAUGGAUGGAGAAGAUAUCAUGGACUCAUUCAAAGAGCAGAGACAACAGUCAAGAGAGACACACAUGGAAACUCUGGGAACUGAAGAUGACUUCUGGGGCCCUUCAGGACCUGUGUCUACUGAGGUGGUUGACAGAGAGAGGAACCUGUACCGAGUGCAAUUGCCCAUGGCUGGUUCCUACCACUGUCCCAGCACAGGACUCCACUUUGUGGUGACAAGGGCAGUGACAAUACAGAUUGAAUUCUGUGCCUGGAGUCAAUUCCUGGACAAGACUCCCUUACAACACAGCUACAUGGUGGCUGGACCUCUGUUUGACAUCAAGGCUGAGCAAGGAGCUGUGACUGCUGUGUACCUCCCUCAUUUUGUGUCCAUCCAAGACGCAAAGGCAAGCACAUUUGACUUCAAGGUGGCCCACUUUCAAGAACAUGGGGUGGUUCUAGAAACGCCAGUUAGGGUGAAGCAUCGCUCUGCAGUACUGAAAAACCCAAGCUUCUCGCCAUUAGGAGUUGUGCUGAGAAUAAUCCCUGCUGCCCGGCGCUUCAUCCCCAUCACUUCCAUCACACUGAUCUACUAUCACCUCAGUCUUGAAGAGGUCACCCUUCACCUCUACCUCAUUCCCAAUGACUGCACCAUUCAGAAGGCCAUUGAUGAGGAAGAAAUGAAGUUUCAGUUUGUGAGAAUACACAAGCCACCCCCAGUAGAUAGCCUGUACAUCGGCUCCCGCUACAUCGUGUCUGGUUCUGAGAAGCUGGAAAUCACCCCAAAGGAACUGGAGCUGUGCUACAGGAGCAGCAAGGAAUUCCAGCUCUUCUCUGAGAUCUAUGUUGGACACAUGGGUUCAGAGAUUAAGCUGCAAAUCAAAGACAAGAAGCAUACGCAACUCAUAUGGGAGGCCUUGCUGAAACCAGGAGACCUCAGACCUGCACUUCCCAGGAUUGCUCCAGCCACAAAAGAUGCUCCUUCCUUGAUACACUUCAUGGACCAGCAUCGGGAGCAGCUGGUGGCCCGAGUGACAUCAGUGGACCCUCUCUUGGACAAGCUGCAUAGUCUGGUGCUGAGUGAAGAUUCCUAUGAGGCAGUGAGGGCUGAAACCACAAACCAAGACAAGAUGAGGAAGCUCUUCAGCCUCAGCCGGGCCUGGAGUCGAGCCGGCAAAGACCAAUUCUACAACGCUCUGAAGGAGACCCAUCCUCACCUGGUCAUGGAUCUGCUUGAGAUGUCGGGUGGAGUCUCUUUGAGAUACUGACAUCCUGUCUGAGGGGUGAGCACUCUCCUUAGAGUCCUGGCUCUGCCUGAACUUCCUUUGGUCCUUAGUUUCUCCAUCAGCAGCUAGUGGCCAUGUGAGCUUCUUUUCUGAUGGCCCUGUUUCCGGGAUACCUCUUGGGGAUCCAGAUGCUCCCCCUUGGCUUCCCUAGACAGAUGGUCAUGGGAGUUGAGCAUCUCAGAAAACACCCAGUAGCACCGAUAUUUCUAUCAGGACCUUGUUGAGCCUGCACUAAUGGCCAGACUGGCCAGCAUUAAGCCAACCUGACCCACCACGAUGCACACAGGAUGGGGAUCCUGAGAAUGAAAACAAAGAGAUGAUGGGUCUCUCGGAAAGUGAAUGUCUCAUGAAUAGGAGAGGAGGAGGCUUUUAAAAUGCAUGCUGUCUGGUCAGAGAUGUAGGGAAGUCACAUGAUGCAACAUGUGGUCACCACCAGAAACACCUCAGAUUCAGUGCACAUUGUGAACUAAUCUUGGGCAGUUACAUAUGCACAAGCCUUCUGUUCUAGUAAUGAACUUGCAAGCCUCACAUUUGGUUACGUCAUCCCAUAUGGAGGUGAGAGUCACGGCUUAAGAAACUGAUGUGCGAGUGUUGAACAGAUGACUAACAGAAGGCUCAUUGGUAAGAGCUGCUCUUGAAAUGGUCAGAGUCCAACUCCCAGCACCUACUUCAGGUGGCUCACAACUGUGGCUAACACCAAAGCCCCAGAUCCAGCAUCUUAUUCUGUACUUGAUAGUCACCAAUGCACAGAUGCACAUUCAAUCAAACACACAGCAUUUUUAAUAUUUAUAAGAGAAUGACAAAAUGGGUGUCCUCUUCCCAUCUCCCAAUGGAAUUAUCUCACCAAAACUCAUGUCAGACUUGAGGCUUGGAAGCCUGUGUGCUUACCAGGAGCACAGCCCUGCCAGUCUCUUUCUCCAGGCUACAAGGCUUUCCCUCUGGGUCAUGUUUCUGCAUCCCUUCCUGCCAGACUCAUGGACAGAACAGUUAGCCAGUUUCUCAGUGUCUCCCAUAUUUUCCUCUUGACUAUGCAUGUGUGCUCGCUCUGCUGUUGGGAUCUCUGCACUUUGCAUCUCUUUCUCUUUUGGAGAACAAUAUUUCCCUCAUUCUAACUCCA